AUGUCUUUCCUUCAUAAUCAUUCUUGCGAGUGCGUUAAGUCAGAAUUGGAUUUGUUUGCACUACCGUCUACACAAACUAGCAUUGAAAAUGGAUUGUGGAUUCAUUAUAAACCAAUUUCAUCUCUUGGUGAUGAUGGACCUAUCGAGUUUCAAGUUCCUGGGACCGGCGAUGACUACAUAGAUUUGUCUCAUACAUUACUCCACAUAAAGGCAAAAGUAUUAAAUCAAGAUUCAACUAACUUGGUAUCUACUACAAUAGUAGCACCUGUAAAUAAUUGGCUGCAUUCACUUUUUAGUCAACUUGAUGUUUAUUUAAACCAAAAACUUGUAUCACCACCUAAUAAUACCUAUGCAUAUCGAGCAUACAUGGAAACCCUUUUAAACUAUGCCCCUGCUGCUAAACAAUCUCAUCUUACUUGUAGCCUUUGGUAUGAGGAUACAGCAGGAAAAAUGGAUUCUACAGAUGGUAAAAACAUAGGAUUUGUUAAAAGACAGGAAUUGAUUAGUGAAAGUAAGGAAAUAGAAAUGAUUGGUCAUCUUCACGGUGACAUUUUUAACCAAGAUAAAUUUUUAAUUAAUGGUGUUGAAAUGAGUGUUAAAUUGGUUCGAUCAAGAGAGAGUUUUAAUUUAAUUGUUGGGUCGAACGAUGUAAAGUUUAAAGUUUGCAUUACGGACGCAACUCUUAUUGUGCGACGAGCACGAAUUAAUCCAAGUGUAUUACUCGCACAUCAAAAAGUUUUAGCUUCUACCACUGCUAAAUAUCCUAUUACUCGAGCUGAAGUAAAAGUUUUAACAAUUCCUUCAGGUGUUCAAGGAAAAACUCUUGAUAAUAUAUUUUUAGGACAGGUACCGAAAAGAUGUAUAAUUGGAUUUGUGAACAAUUCUGCAUUUAAUGGUUCCCUUACUAAAAAUCCAUUUAACUUUGAAAACUAUGGUAUUAAUUCUUUCAGCUUAUAUAUUGAUGGUCAACAAAUACCUUCAAACGCUUUGCAACCAUCUUUUAAUAAUAGCAUAUUUACAUCAGCAUAUCAUACUCUAUUCUCGGGAACUGGUAUUCACUUUCUUAAUGAAGGAAAUGGAAUCUCUUGUGAACAGUAUGGCAAAGGUUACUGUCUAUUAGCAUUUGACUUAACUCCUGAUUUAUCAGCUAACUCAUCAACUCAUUGGAAUCUCAUAAAGCAUGGUAGUGUAAGAAUAGAAGUACGAUUUGAAUCCUCAUUAAUACAAACAAUUAACUGUAUAGUUUAUGCUGAGUUUGAUAAUAUUAUUGAGAUAGAUAAAAACAGAAAUGUUACUGUAGACUAUAGUAGUUAA